AUGCAAGCCGUUCAGAAUUCCCCCGAUCCUGCACCGAAGCGGACCAAACGGCCUCGUGCUGCCCAGGCUUGCGAUCGUUAUGUCACCGACCUCGAGAAGAGGGUGGAGGAGUUGGCCUCGAAGCUACGCGCAGCCGAGGCCCAUAUCAUAACAUCGCCACUACCUCCCAAUGUGCAGAACACCCACACUGUAGCCCCCGUGACUCUAGACGCGACGCCAUGCUCUAUGCCACGAACGGGCUCAACACCCCGCGACACAUCCAAGCUACCCAACGACGCACCCGACGCACCCGAGGAAUCCGCGGAGAGCGCCGACGAGAUCAACGAACUGAACCAUCAUACGAACGCAAUGGAAUUCCACGGCAGCACUUCGUCUGCCGCUGCAAUCGGCUAUUUGCAGAAGGCGCGAGAGCCAAAAAUCCGCGAGGAAAAUAAUCGCCCCUCAGCAGACUUUUCAUUGAUUUCGACUCUGCACAAUCCAAGCUUCUCCCCUUCUACCACUGGGCCUGGUCAAUUGACUUCUAUUGAACAACAGAAUUAUUACUUUGACCAGGCUCAUGUGUUCAUGAAUGGCUAUUUCGAGAAUAUCCAUUUCAUCCAUCCGUUCAUUGACAAAGAGGAUUUCUUAGCCCGUGCCAGUGACUUGUGGCUAAAUCGUUCUCAGACACCGGAGCCUAGCUUCGUCGCCUUAUAUUUGAGUAUCCUCUCCUUUGGUUCGCUGGUGCGAGUAUGGGACGAGGAUACCCUUGCGGGUCUGGGUCGAUUUGAAUGGAGCAGAAAGCUGUUCGGCGAAGCUCAAGCAUAUCUCACUCACUUGCGCUUCUCGAAUGAUCUUGAAACCGUCCAAUGUCUGUACUUGAUGAUGAGCUUUUCAGUCGGACGACCAGAUACAUUGGGGAUGGAUGAAUACCAUAACCGAGCCAUCCCGCCCCGAGAUGAUUCUGAGUAUGCAAUUAUCCCAUGGAUGAUUGACUUUGCCCAAAUCGUCCGAAAGGUUUCCGUUCAGAUCUACCACUCGCGCAUUACAUUACAAGAGAAGCUCCAACUGGCCCUCCAGAUCGAAAUGGAAAUGGAUCGUUGGCUCGCACGUUUACCGGAAAAAUUAAGACCAGAUAUCGGCGCCAACAGAUCGCCACGAAGCGCCCUCCGUGAUCCCAAAUGGGCAAGAAGACAACGGCUGGUCCUAGGGAUCCGAUAUUAUAAUGUGAAAAUGUUACUGUUUCGACCAUUCUUAAGCCAUUUCACCCGCAAGCUUCGACAUCCGCCUAGUGAACUAGAGGAAACAAUCGCUAAAUGCCUUGACGCCGCCAUGAAGACGAUCGAAGUGAUCCAUGACAUCUAUCGAGUGCACGAAUUUUUCAGAUGCUGGUGGUACAAUACGACCUAUGUGAUGUUUGCAACAUCAACGCUUCUUCUCCCAAUGUCGAAACUCGGCAUGUGCGAAGACACGAUGCCCCUUCUCCGCUCCGUGGAAAUGGGAGUCGAGAUACUAGAAGCCAUGGAGGAGUCCGUCGUGGCACGGAAAUCAGUGGAAAUCAUUCGACAGUAUUUACGAGAAUUCCGAUCCUCUGGUGCACAGGUAGCCACAGGGAUUGGUGGAGAAAAUGGUUUUAUGGCCUCAGGGGAGCCAGGACCCGGUCACCCAGGGCCUGGUCAGCCUGGAUUUGAAAUCCCAGAUUGGGCCUAUGGCUUCGGUUUCCCAGAUUACUCAUUUGAAGGAAUCGCCCGACUAUUUGAUGAUAUCGGUGGACUACCUAUGUUGGAGGAGAAUAGUGUAUGA